AUGAAGCUCAUCUAUGACGUCAUUCUUUCACUAAUAAUCUACAAUUCACUUGCCGAGCAAGCCGCACAGACAGACGAUCGAAGAAUGAUAGAUGACGGCAAGAAGACUAUACUGCCGGUAUCAGACGAACAUGCCAUGACAAUGUACCAGAAAUGGGCCGACUCUGCGUUGAGCUCAUUCUUUUCGGCGUUCGCGCAUAGAAAGUAAGAACGUCCUGAUUUGGGGGACCUGAUCCAGUGGCAAAAAACGUACCCUUUGCAUCCGGGAGGUAUCAAAAAAUGUGGCAAAAUACCUCCAUCCAAGUGAAAGAACUUAGAUUUCAGAAGUCUGUCCGCUCUUUUUAUGAGGAAAAAGGGCUCGCCCUUCAAAUCGGGGAUUUUUCACUUGGAGAGGGAAGGAUUUCGCCGCAUUUUUGAGACUUUCCGGAUGCAAAAUGAGACGUUUUUUGCCAUUGGAUCAGGUCCCCCACUGUAAACUGCUGUUUUGCAUAUAUGUCCACUAUUUUUACACUUGAUAUUUUAGGCUACGAAGGAAACGAAGAUCGACAUUGGAGCGAUUUGCAGAUUGCAACCUACAAGCCAAGGAUAUUAUAUUCCAAGCGAAAUGUGUUACUCGACUUUUGCGUAACGGGUUUGAUAAAGCAAAGUAUAGAGUAAGCUUGCAAUUUUCUAGAUCCUGCAUGUCUGCAAUUUGUAACAUGCAGUUUUGAAACGACUGCGGUUAUCUUCAAAGUAAUCGUUUUCGUUUUAUUUUGACCACUUGUCACGGUAUCGAUACAAGACGAAGGAUCAUCAAGAAUAUCGUGCGAAACGUUCGAUACGAAGACGAACGGUGGAUGGGUAUCGGAUAAGGGACGCGAAAGAAAAGAUAACGCCGCUUGGAAGUGUGGCCAAAGUCCUGAUGGAUGCAGUGUUGAGGUCGAAGAAUAAAACGAAAAGCGAAAAGUAAGAUAGUGAAAAAUGCGCAGGGCAUGCAGAUCAUUGGUUUUUACAACUGACAAAGGAGGGUGUUAGAAGCGGAUUAGAAAUUCUGAAAGCUACAGUGGGGGACCUGAUCUAGUGGCAAAAAACGGACCAUUUUGCAUCCAGGAAGCAUCAAAAAAUGUGGCAAAAUCCUUCCCUCUCCAAGUGAAAAAACUGUGAUUUCAGCCGCUCUUUUUGUGAGGGAAAGGGCGCCUUUUCACUUGGAGAAGUUUUUUCUCUUGGAGAGGAAGCAUUUUGCCACACUUUGGAUACCUCCCGGAUGCAAAAUGAUACGCUUUUUGCUACUGGAUCGAGUCCGUCACUGUACUGUUUGCUUUACAAAAUCUGUUUUACAAGGAAUGGAAGUCUUAAAAAAUUUUUUGUAACCAGCACUUACCUUAAAGUGGCGGACCUGAUCCAGUGGCAAAAAACGUGCCAUUUUGCAUCCGGGAAGUAUCAAAAACGCAGCAAAAUACCUCCUCCUCCAAGUGAAAAAACUCCGAUUUCAAAAGCGCGCCCUUCAAAGUUUUUGCCACUAGAUGUGGUCCGUCACUGUAUAUGUAUAAUUUUCAGUUGGGAAGUCACCGUCUCGCGGUUAAAAAAAGUUGCAUCCGAAAGGGAGCAACGGAAGGCUCGAAAAGAGCUGGAAAAUGACAGUGAGGAGAAAAUGGCUCAAAUGAGCUCCUUUGCAUUUCAACGGAGUACGAAGAAUGAAGACGAAAAAGCUGAGGUAACUCUCCAUAGACAAUAUGAUGCAAGAAAAUCCAUUGUUUUAGUUAGACAAGGCUUUCAAAGAUCCAAAGCAAAUGGACAAAUUGAUUGAAAAGAAGUUGAAGUCGACAAAAAUGAAACCCGAAGGGAGGCUGAUGCAGUUCGUAAAGGACGCGCUGAAGCUGGCAUAUUCCUUGUCCGGGAAGAAUACGACCAACUUUGAGAAGAAGGAUAUGAAGUUUGUUUCGCCGCGGUUUUUCGGUGUUGUAAAGGAAAACAAAAAGGAGGAUGAGGUAAGAGAGGCUGCCACACUUUGUACUCAAAGAAAGUACGGUGGCGGACCAGAUCCAUUGGCAAAAAACGUACCGUUUUGGAUCCGGGAAGUACAAAAAGUGUAGCAAAAUGCCUCCUUUUCCAAUUGAAAAAAACUCUUUUGAAACUCCAUUUUGGAAAGCGAGGUAUUUCUCUUUUUGUGAGGGAAAGGGCGCGCCCUUCAAAACGGAGGUUUUUCAUUUGGAGAGGAAGCAUUUUGCCACAUUUUUGAUGCUUCCGGAAUACAAAAUGGUACGUUUUUGCCACUGGAUCCGGUCUCUCGCUGUAUCAUGAAGAUGUGGCAUUUCAUUCCAUGCUGAUGCUGAUUAGCCGUGCAGUUCUAGAGGAUAUUUUUUUCGAUGGAACACAUACAAUGGCGGACCUGAUCCAAUGGCAAAAAACGUAUUAUUUUGCAUCCGGGAGGUAUCAAAAAAUGUAGCAAAAUACCUCCCUCUCCAAGUGGAAAAAAUUCCUUUUAAACUCCAUUUCAAAUAUCUUUUUGUGAGGGAAAGGGCGCGCUCUUCAAAACGGAGUUUUUUACUGGGAGAGGAAGGUAUUUUUCCACAUUUUUUAAAUACUUCCCGUAUGCAGAAUGGUAUGUUUUUUGCCACUGGAUCAGGUCACUGUAAAAGGGAGAAAAUUGGCACGAGUUGUAAAGCAUUUACAUUUUUAGAUCGACUUUCUCAGCCCAUCAUUGUUUUCGCUUCAUGAUGAAGGCGAAGGAAUUGAAAAUCUGACCAGUAUUCCGCAACUAAUGCGCGGAUUCGAAGUGAAAGACCAGCAAAUGUGGCUGGAUUUUAUUUUGGAAGCCGCUGGAGUCACGGAUCGCACAAAUGACUUGGAAAAUGUGAGCCGUUUUAAACUUAAAAGUGUUUGCAUAAGCUUGAUUUCAAAAUGCGUUGAAAAUGAGGUCGUCUUUUACAGCACAUCGAGGAUGAUGACAACAUAGUCCUUGGGAAUCUUGCCAAUCAAACUGAUAUAAGUAAAUUCCGAAGAGAAGAUGGACAUCCAUUGUAUUUUACCAAGGAUAAUUUAACGGAUCUUGGCGGAACGGAGUAUGAAAAGCAGAAAGUGGAGUAUUAUCAGGAGUUUCUCAAGACCAUGAGCAAAAAGCAGGUGGGGUUUUGCAUCAAAAUAGCUUUAUUCAAUCAAAUUUUUUUAAUGUUAUACAGUGACGGAUCCAGUAGAAAAAAACGUGCCAUUUUGCAUCUGGGAAGCAUCAAAAAUGUGGCAAAAUGCUUCCCUGUCCAAGUGAAAAAAACGUCGUUUUGAAGGGCGCGCCCUUUCCCUCACAAAAAGAAUUUUGAAAUUGGAGUUUUUUUCACUUGGAGAGGGAUGCAUUUUGCCACAUUUUGAUACUUCCCGGAUGCAAAAUGGCACGUUUUUUGCCACUGGAUCAGGUCCCCCACUGUACUUUUUGAUGACUAAGAUAUCAUUUUAAAAAAGCAUUAUCGGUUUUCAGAUUGCGGAAAUGAACACUACAGGCUAUUCGGUAAUGCGUAAGGACCAAAUUGACGCAAUCUAUGGAAGCGCCUCUCCCUACAACAACUCGGACACCCACAAAUUUCUCUCCAACUUCACCACCAAAGAGAUUCAUCAGCAAAUUCCCAAAGAUAUUGCAAAAAUCGCAGAAAUGGAGAGUUUCAAACUACGAAAAAAGGACGUUACUUUGUCCCCUCUUGUUCUAGUGCCAUUGGUAUUGGCGCCCGAUCUGGCAUCUCAGCCGAUCGUGCUUUCCCCGCUUCUCUUUACGCCCGUGAUUUUAUCGCCGGCCUUGUUGGGCCCGGUCAUCCUUUCGCCGUGGAUGUUUGUGCCUGUUAUUGUCUCUCCUCGUGUCCUCUCACCGCUGAUCGUCUCACCGUUUGUCCUCUCACCCGUAGUCUUAUCUCCUUUAGUUCUGCAUCCGGUUAUUUUGUCGCCCGGGGUCUUGGAUGUUGCCGUCUUAACCCCGUUUGUGCUAUCACCUCUAAUUCUGUCACCGCUAGUUUUUGUCCCCGUAAUCUUGUCCCCACUAGUGUUGUCCCCGUUGAUUUUAUCGCCAGCUGUAGGUUCUCCUCUUGUGCUGAGUCCGUUUGUAUUAUCGCCGAUUAUUUUGAGUCCUCAGGGAGUUUCGGCGCUGUUCCUGAGUCCAUACGCGCUUUCGCCGAUCAUUGCAAGCGAGUUGAUCCUAUUUGCAGCCGUCUUGUCACCGAGCUGGUUGAGCUAA